AAAUUCCCCAACUACGUCACUGCGCGAUCAUCCCUGCGGCUUGCUAUUUCCCUGUCUGCAACCGCCUUUUGUCGCGAUCGGAGCCCACCUUAUUUAAUAAAACAAUCGCCUCAUCUUCUCUCCACCUCCAAUAAUAUCUUUUAACUGCUAGUGCUCUCUACCACAACACUGAAACACGAAGCGUCAAGAUGAAGUUCAAUCUGGCCACGGGCCUAGUGUGCUUGCUUGCAACCACUGAAGCUGUUGCAGCUUCCAGCUGGUGGAGCAAAGCUGUUUACAACAAGUGGCAUGAGACUGAGCUUGAGCGAUGGCUCUCGGAUCAUGAUAUCCCCUAUCCUACCCCCGCCGACCGUCGGGAUCUCGAGAAUUUGGUCAAGUCAAAUUGGGAGAACCGCGUGCAGAAGCCACUCGGCAACGCUGCGGACAGAGUCACUGAUGAAUUUUACGAGGCCAAAGAAUGGGUCUUCGACUCUUGGUCCGACUCCCAGCUCAAGGCAUUCCUCGAUCGCCAUGGCAUUCCAGCACCUCAACCCCGCAAGCGCGAUGUCUUAAUUAAGACUGCCCGUGAGAACUACGAGUCCAUUGCGAAGAAGGUCGGCGAAACUGCCGCGUACCCUGGUAACUGGCUGUAUGAGAACUGGUCCGAGUCUGAUCUCAAGACAUGGCUUGAUGAGCGAGGAUGGCCUGCUCCCCAGCCUACAACCCGUGACAAGCUGAUUGCCUCUGUGCGCCGCAACUCUCGUCUUGCCAGUCUACAGGCCCAGAGUAUCUCUGCGUCCGCGAAGGCCUCCGCCGAAGCUGCCCAGGCCACCUUGAGUGAGGAGCUAUUCAACGCCUGGUCCGACUCCAAGCUGAAGGAAUUCCUCGAUGAGCACGGUGUGAAGGUGCCCCAGGGUUCCAAGCGCAAUGAGCUCGUUGCCCUGGCCCGUAAGCACCGCGCCUACCUCGUCGACCAAGCUUCCAGUGCCUCUUCUGCCGCCUCAGAAGCAUUCGGUGCCGCCACCACCAAGGCUGGAAACCAGUUCGCCCAAGCCACAGAUGAUGCCAAGCUGAAAUUAGAUGAUCAAUUCGACGCGGCGAUCAAAACCUGGUCGGACUCGCGCCUGAAGGCUUUCCUCGAUGCUCGCGGUGUUCCCGUUCCUCAGUAUGGCAAGCGUGAUGAGCUUCUCGCCAAGGUGCGUGCCAACGCGCACCGGGCUUCUGGUGGAUGGAAUGAGUACAACUUUGAUACCUGGGAUAAGGAGCAUCUUUUGAAAUAUCUUUCUGCCAUGAACUCCAAGGCCGCAAAGAAGGCCGAUGCCUCUCGCGAAGAACUGAUUAAGCAGGCCAAGGAUUCGUACACCAAGGCCUCUAAGGCCGGCGGCGAGCACUAUGCUUCUGCUACCAAGAAUCUCGCUGAAGCAACUGGUACCGCUAAGCAGGCUACCUUUGACAACUGGUCACACUCCGACCUCAAGAAGUACCUUGACUCAUAUGGCAUUCCCGUCUAUCAGGGAUCAAGCAUCAACGAGCUGCGCGCCGCUGCUCGUCGUCAAGCGGCCUACUUCCGGUUCGGUACCACAAACCCACAAGACACCAUCUACGCCAAGGUGAUGGACACCCUGAACUGGGCGUUGGACAAGCUCAAGGUCGGUGCUUCCAGCGGCCGCGCUCAAGGCCAAGAGGCAGCUGAGAAGGUCCGCGAAAAGGCCGCCGAGCAGACCGAGAAGAUUCGGAGCGAGCUGUAAACACCGAGUCCUCGCGUUUUUGAAUCGAGCGUGUUAGGAUGACCGAAACUCUGUUCCGCCAUCCAUCGUGCUUUGAAUACGAUGCUUACGACUUCUGGAUUUUUUGGCGUUGAAAUGAAAUAUGAUUUUCAUGCUGUGUCCAUAGUAUUUAGUGCUUAAAAUGAACUGCCCUGGGGUACUUGAUGAUUUAGUCUACAGCCGAGUAGCCCAUCCCCGGACCAAUGCUCGAGUUGGAAAUGCGUUGAUUUAUCUUCAUGUGCCCGAAAAAUAUCUGAAAGUGACGAAUGAUUCAAGCCCGGCAGCAUGUAAUGCGGAACGGCCCCGCUCAAAUAGCCCGACCAUCAUUCUUAGUUUGGUAACCGAUUUCUGAACGUCACGGUCAUCCGGCAAUAUACCCAUAGAUCAUGACUUGGGAGCCUCAGGGUCACCCUCGGCGACCAACUUUCCAACCACCAGGUAUUUCUCGGAGAAGCGCUCCUCCCAGGACUG